AUGGCGACCGUUACAACGAACAACGCGGAGUCUAUCCCGAAUAUUGAUUUAUGUAUGCUAUCAUUUCAAUUUAAUCAAUCAAAAUCAAGGUAUGAUCAAUCCACGUAUAUCGGACGCGUAAAGCAUUUUAUCGAUGUAACAGACAUAAGGACAUUAUUCGUUUCAAGAGCUGGCCUUGAAGAAUCUAAAAAACUAAUUAAUGAUUAUAAUUCAGGAAAAUUAAAAUAUGUAGACCCUGAACGCUUAUGGAAAGCAAAAAAAGUUGUCGAUUCAACAGUUCACCCUGAUACUGGUGAACCAGUAUUUUUACCAUUUCGAAUGUCAUGCUUUGUACCGACUAAUCUUGUUGUCGUCGCCGGUAUGUUGAUGCCAAAUCCUAGUAUGAAAAGUAUUAUAUUCUGGCAAUGGGCUAAUCAAAGUAUUAAUGUUGCUAUAAAUUAUAGUAAUGCUAAUAAAACUACUUUGAUGAGCUUUAAGGAAACUGCUACCGCUUACGUUUCAGCUGUAACUACAUCAUGUGGAUUAGCCGUUGGUUUAACACAAGCUGUACCACGUCUAAAAUUCUUGUCUCCUUCAAUUCGUGGAAUUUUAGCUAGAUUGGUACCUUUUGUAGCUGUUGCAAGUGCUGGAACUGUUAAUGUUUACUUAAUGCGGUUAAAGGAAAUCAGAGAUGGGAUUGAUGUUUAUGAUGCUAACGGGAAUAAUUUGGGUAAAUCACGAAAGGCCGGUGCAAGUGCUGUUGGACAGGUUGCAAUCUCUCGCAUAUUCACUAAUUGUCCUGUAUUAACAAUUCCACCGCUUAUACUCUCGCAACUUGAAAAGACGAAAUUAUUAAGAAAUAACCCUAAGCUUGCCAUUCCUAUUAAUUUUGGUCUUAUAACGUUGUCGUUAACAGUCUCUUUACCAUUAGCAAUCGCGGCUUUUCCGCAAAAAGCUGUUAUAGAUCCAUUAAAAUUAGAAGAGGAAUUUUGGAAUUUAAAAGAUAAAAACGGUGAAACUAUAAGACGAAUGUUUUUUAAUAAAG